AUGGACACGGGUAUUAUUGGGGGGGUCCUGACGCUGCCCGACUUCAAGAAAGAGUUCGGCCUAGAUGGACUCGACGCGGUUGCCCAAGCUAACCUUUCUGCGAAUCUCGUCACUGUCAUGCAAGCCGGGGCCUUUGCUGGUGCUUUGCUCGCCAACCCCUUUGCCGAUAAGCUCGGACGAAAGCCAGGCUUGCUUAUUGUGUCCAUAUUCGCAUUUAUCGGGGGACUUCUCCAAGCCUUCGCAUAUGGACAUCUUUCUUGCUUCUACAUUGGAAGGGAUACAGAAAGGAAAGCUGACUUUGAUCCGGUUAUCAACAUUAGAUUUGUCGAAGGCCUUGGGCUUGGGGGCGCCACAAUGCUUGCCCCAACGUACGUCUCAGAAAAUUCUCCUCGUGGGAUCAGAGGCCUUCUAAUUGGUCUCUAUCAACUCUUCGAGACGAUGGGCGCUAUGAUUGCCUUCUUCAUUGAUUAUGGCUCGCUGCUUCAUAUCAAGGGCCACGGCUCGUGGAUGGUACCGCUCGCCAUGCAGUCGCUCCCCCCGGCCCUCAUUUUCUUCAGCAUCCUGCUCUGCCCCGAAUCGCCAAGAUGGCUCGCUAGCAAGGACGAUUGGGAUGGGGCGUCGAGAGUCCUAUCCAGUGUACGCCAUCUCCCUGUGCAGCAUCCAUACGUGCAGCAAGAGUUGCUCGAGUUGAGGACUCAGCUCGAGGAGGAACGUCGCUCGAUUCAUGGAACUGGCUUUUGGGCAAUGCAGAAGGAAUGCUGGUUGAUUCCAGGGAACAGAAAGCGAGCCCUUAUGUCGAUUGGACUUAUGCUCUGUCAGCAAUGGACGGGGAUCUUCACUGACCUCGGCGUGACCGGCAACGCCAACAGCCUCCUAGCCACCGGCGUGUACGGCAUCGUGAAGAUGUGCUCGUGCGCCAUCUUCAUCACCUUCCUUGCUGACACCCUCGGACGGAAGUGGUCAUUCGUGUGGACCGGCUUCCUCAUGUGGUUCUGCAUGUUUUACCUCGGUUUCUACGUCCGCUUCGAUCCGCCCAAGGCAAAGCCCCCAUCUCCCCAGCUGUUUGGCUGGGGCCCAGUAUGCUGGAUCUACGUCAGCGAAAUCCCCACAAACAGGCUGCGCGGGUACAAUGUCUCCCUGGCCGCGGCGACACAAUGGCUGUUCAACCUCGUUGUCGCGCGCGUGACGCCUGUCAUGCUGGUCACGGUAGGCGGGUCAACCGGGUAUGGCACGUACUUUAUCUAUGGCUCGUUUUGCUUUGCUAUGGCGAUUGCAGCGUUCUUUGUGCCCGAGACAAAAGGCAUCUCGCUCGAGCGUAUGGACGAACUCUUCGGUGUGGCCGACUUCUCGGGUGUCGAUGACGUGGGUCUUGCUGCGAAGCAUGCAAAGGAAGGGACAGAUAUCGAGACGAGCCAUGUCGAAGCUGUGCCUCGCGUAAAGUUUCUCCUUCUUCUGGCCAAAAAACUGGAGAAGUACUUCAUAUACACGAAGCAUCCAAAACGUCACGAUGAGAUCAGAACUUGCACUGAAAAAACGACAUCGACCGAGGGAUACGGAGAUCUGUCUAGCCAUCAGAAGAAACCUGUAGAGGGUGUUAGCGGAAAUGAGACAAAGCAAACGAAUGGGGCCAACUGGUUGAAAUCAUAA